AUGGCCGCUGCUAUUGUGUCGAAGAGGAGGAAGUUCGUCGCCGACGGUGUCUUUACUGCUGAGCUCAACGAGUUCUUCACUCGCGAGCUUGCAGCCGAGGGUUACUCUGGCUGUGUAGUCCGUGUCAACCACGUCCGCACCGAGAUCAUUAUCCGUGCCACGCACACGCAGGAGGUGCUGGGUGACAAGGGUCGCCGCAUCCGCGAGCUUACCUCGCUUAUCCGCCAGCGCUACCGCUUCCCCGAGGGCUCGCUUGAGCUCUACGCCGAAAAAGUUCAGAACCGUGGUCUCCACGCAGUUGCCCAGUGUGAGUCUCUGCGCAACAAGCUUCUCGGUGGUCUCCCCGUCCGCCGUGCUGCCUACGGUGUGCUGCGCUUUGUCAUGGAGUCUGGCGCCAAGGGUUGCGAAGUGAUUGUCUCUGGUAAGCUCCGCGCUGCGCGCGCCAAGACGAUGAAGUUUACCGACGGUCUCAUGGUCCACACUGGUCAGCCCGUCAAGGACUUUGUGGAGUCUGCUACCCGCCACGUCCUGAUGAAGCAGGGUGUGCUCGGCAUCAAGGUAAAGAUCAUGCUUGGCUGGGACCCCGAGGGCCGUAUCGGCCGUCCUUUCCCCCUGCCGGACGCGGUCACCAUUCUGGAACCCAAGGAGGAGGACCCGGUUGUUACGCCCAUGUCCGAGUCGCGCAACCAGCCUGCUGCUAUCGAACCGGCGCAAGGCGAGACCGCUCCCGACCACCAGGCCGCUGCGCAGCCCGUUGCUUUCUAG